GAAUUCUGACCAGUCUUUUUUAAGGGUGCGAUUCAGUCUCUCUUUACAGUCCAGAAUUUCACAAACUGGAACAGUCAAUUCUUCGGUCUAGAUGUCUGUCUCGCCAGUAACAGUGACCCACACCACCAUCAUGACGUCGGUAGCGCCAGGCCUGGAGUCUAUGACUAUCGUGGGUUCCCCUCGGAUACUGCUCCGGCCCCUGGGCCUUCUCCGUCUGCUGGAGCUGUCAUCUACCUGCUUGGCUUUCUCCCUAGUGGCUCAUGGAGGUGCGUGGAUUGGCUCCACGGGCAACUGGUGCAUGUUCUCCUGGUGUUUCUGCUUCUCCAUGACCCUGAUGAUCCUGAGCAUGGAGCUGGGUGGAUUCCAGAGACGCUGCCCUCUGUCGUGGCUGAAUUUCCCAAGCAUCUGUGCCAGCUACGCUUUCUGCUUCUGCCUGUCAUCUACCAUCAUCUACCCUGUCACCUAUGUGCAGUUUUUAGCUCAUGGAGAGGUCAGAGAACACGCUCUGAGUGCCACAAUCUUCUCCUGCAUCUCCUGUGUGGCUUACAUAACGGAAGUGACCUGGACUCGGGCAAGGUCUGGUCAGACGGUAAUCUACAUGGCCACUGUGUCCGGGAGGCUGAAGGUCUUUGAGACUUUCAUAGCCUGUGUCAUCUUUCUCUUUAUCAGCAACCCAAGCCUGUACAAAAACAGUCCUGCUCUGGAGUGGUGCGUGGCCGUGUAUGCCAUAUGCUUCAUCCUAACCAUGGUGACCAUCAUAGUGAAAGUGGGGAAUUACACCAACAUUGUGCCCUUCAACUUCCCCUCCUUCUUGACAAGUAUGGCCUUCCUGUCUGUCCUCCUCUACAUUACAGCUGUCGUCCUCUGGCCCCUCUUCCAGUUCAAUGAGGUGUUCCAGGGCCAGCCCCACAGAACAAUGGAUGUAACCUGUCAGUACAAGGCUCCCCACUCCGUGUGUGCCUGGGAUCGCCGACUGGCAGUGGCAGUCAUGACUGGUGUCAACCUCCUGGCAUAUAUGGUUGAUUUUAAAUACUCUAUCUAGCUGGCGUUUGUCAAGAUCUAAUUCACAAGGGGACACCUUGACAUGCCCAUGCUGCAACAUCUUCGUUCUUGUUGUCUUGUAUUCUCCUUCCUGUCCUUUUUCUCUUUCUGGUUUAUUUCCUUCCCUUUCUCUUUCUGGUUAGUUUCUUUAUCACAUUCUGCUUUGUUUCUGAGCUGUCUCCAUAGCCCUUUGUUUCUUUGUCCGAUCUACAUUUAUCUAUUAGUUUUCUUGUCUCUUGUUUUCUAGCCACCUCCUUCUCUUUCCUGGGAGAAGCCUCAGAUUUCUUGCUGUGUCUAUUCACAAUUCUAUUUCUAAAGAUCCUGACUAUCCAUAUCCCAGAUUCGUUUGCAACUCCUCAUGACAGGGUCCUAAGGGGCCUGUUGCCAAACUAUGAAGAAAUGUUGUUUUAGCUUUUCAGGUUUCUUCUUUAGGCACUGUUAUUCUUACCUUAUAUGUAUCAUGUUCCCUCGGUUAUAACUUAAUUCAUAUUUCUAACUCAAAACAUUAUUGCAUGUUGGUCUUUGUCUCUUUCCAGAAUACCUCUUUGCUUGAUUAAUCACUAUUGUAUGGGUUUGAUUUCAGAUUUAAUAUCCCAAAUCUCAUAUGUAAUACAAAAGCAUAUUUUAUUUCAUAGGCUCAACUGGACACCACUAUCUACUACACAGAAAGUUCUUAAUAAAUACAUAUAUCAAAGUACUUACUUUAAAAGUCAAACAUAUAGCAUCCACACAAUUUAUGUAAACACAAAGCUAAUAAUAGCUUCUAAUAAAAACCUGCAUUAUUUUGAUUUAAGGUAAGAAAUUAAAUGUGUUGUUAUAUUGUUGAAUAUAUAGUUUGCUAUGUAUAAACACAGCAUAUCCAUUUAUUUAUAUGCAUAUAUACAUAGCAAUGGUUCUCAACUUGAAGGUCAUAACCCCUUUUGGGGUUUGAGUGACUCUUUCACAUGGGUGGCCUAAGAUCAUAAGAAAACAUGAAUUUUUACAUUAUGAUUUAAAACAGUAACAAAAUUACAGUUUUGAAGUAGCAACAGAAAUAAUCAUCUGGCUGGCAUCACAAUAUUUACGGUAUACAGCAUUAGUAGGACAGAAAACUACUUAUAUAAGGCAUUAGUAUAAUUCUUUAUUCCUUGCAUUGCUUUCUACCUAUAUUAC